AUGGCGGCACGGCACCGGCGCCACCACGUCGAGGCACCGAAGCCAGCAUGGCUCGUGACGAUCAAGGCUGCUCCGCCUGCGCCGGCGAGGGGCGACGCUGCCAAGAAGCUCGCCGCGCCCGCUCGCUCGCCGAUCCUGCUGUCCCCGUCGGCAUGGCAGAAGGCGCAGCUCGACAAGAAGGACGUGGCCGUCGGUGACCGUGGCGACACCGGGGUCGCGCCGGCGCCGGCGUCGCCGAGGAUCGGCUGCAUGGGGCAGGUCAAGGGCACACAGAGAUGCUCGAGGGCACGCUGCCCGGCCUCCUCGAGGGGACCGGCGGCGUCGGGCCUCCCGUGCGGCAGCCUGGCGGGGCUGCUGAUGGGGCUAUUCGGCUGGCGGUCGACGGGGAGGAAGACGCGCGCAUACUCCAAGGUCCGGGACGUGGCGAGUGACACGUCGUCUUCAGGGAGCGCAAGGGGUGCCCGUGCGCCGAGCCCGCUUGAGCUCGACCCACCGCUGCCGGUGCCGGCGCCGGUGGUGAGACGGCCGGCCUUGGAAGAGAACGCCCCCAGCCUUUGGGAGCGGCGGCGCGGCGGCGCAAAGGUCCUGGAGGGUCUCCAGCUAGCGUAG